UAAACUCCUGUAUGCAAAUAGUCCAAGUGGUUGGCACUCACUGAAGGAUAACUAGUUUUAUCUGUAAUAUGCUGCCAUCCAAAGAGAUACAAAGCUGCUAUCUAAGGUUGGUCUCUUCUCUGAACCUAAAAACAAGGGUGUCACCCUGGAGCCAUGCAUUCUGAUAAUGUGUAGGCCAAGGCCCCAGACUUAGUAAAAGCACCUUUGUAAGAGAUCAAGAGGAAUAACAAGUAAGUUCCUUUAAUUUCAUGUCUCUUUUGUUUCCAGUGUCUUAUGGAAACAUUAUUUUUUAAUUCAACCUGACUGGAUUCCUUAUGCUGGAAAGCAUGGAUCUUGAUAGCUCUGAACAAGAUCCUGAAGUGAAGAAAUAUUCUCCUGUCUGUGUUGGCAGAGAAGAUGACAUUAAAAAAUCCGAAAGAAUGACAGCUGUUGUCCAUGAUAGAGAAGUGGUUAUUUUCUACCACAAAGGAGAAUAUCAUGCUAUGGAUAUUCGCUGUUACCAUUCAGGAGGACCUUUACAUUUGGGAGAUAUAGAGGAGUUUGAUGGACGACCAUGCAUAGUUUGCCCCUGGCAUAAAUACAAAAUAACUUUGGCAACAGGAGAAGGACUGUAUCAGUCUAUAAACCCUAGAGAUCCAUCAGCAAAACCCGAGUGGUGCUCCAAAGGAGUAAAGCAAAGGAUUCAUACGGUGACAGUGGACAAGGGGAAUAUAUACGUGACUCUUUCUAAAGAACCUUUUAAGUGUGACUCUGAUUUUUAUGCCACAGGAGACUUCAAAGUAAUUCAGAGUCCUUUCUGAUAAAGUUAUAUGGCAAUGAAAAAGGUUGUGUUUGUUUGGAAAGUAUUUUUAGAAUAACUUUGCUUCGAUACCAAAGAGGACUAAUUUUCCCAACACAGGCACAUCUAUUACUUUAAAAAAAAUCGCAUAAAUCUGCGCAGUUCAAAAUGAUGUAAGGAUUAUUAUCAAGAUCUAUAGAAUACCUUUCUUCCAAUACUCUGGAGUGAUUGGAACCUGAAGGUUAUAGGUUUGGAAUGUGCAUUUUAAGGGUGAGAAUAAUUUGCAGUAACCACAAUGAAGAAAAGGUAAACAUAAGAUCUAAUAAGGAAAUAUGGGGGGGGAUCCUUAUUGUGAUGUAGUAGACUUCAUCAUGGGAAAGUUCUAAUAUAUACAAACCAAACCAAAUGGCGUACCAGGCUCUCAUCAUCCAGCUCCAACAAUUACCAGCGUUCUUCCAUUCUUACUUCACUGAUACCUCCACACACUCUCCAUCUCCACCAUUUGAUGAUUAUUCUUACCUUUUUAAAGUAAAAGUUUAAAUCCACUGAAAUAAUUAAAUCUCAACUAUUCAAUAUUUUCAAAUAUAUAGUAGACUUUUUAUACUUUAAAGCCUACAAAAUGGGGUUGACUUACAUGCUUCGUUUAAAAAUGAGAAACAUACUCAACACUUGCGUACAGCACUUGGUGCCUGUCGCAACAAGCGCCCUCCUUAAUCCCCAUGUACUGCACAUUAACACCAAAUAAAUCCUGGCUCGGUUUCUCUCUGGUCAAGGCAGACACGCUCAGAGUAAGGAAGAUACACACAGCUGCUGCCCAGACAGGAGGGGCGUGACGUCUCUUAUUCAGUGAGCCAAAGUACUGUGAAUGCCUAGAUGAAAUUUUCAAAUAAAGAUGUUCUUUCUUUUUUGAGAAUUUUGUGAUGUAUGUAGAGCUAAGUGUUUCAUGUAAAUGUUACAGAGAAGAGAUACAGGAUGUUCUUCCUAAGAGGCCUUUCUGCUGAGUUCACACGCAGGGUUGGUGUUAAAUUGGCCCAUCCUGCUUUUGCAUGCCAGUUAUUAACGGCCAGCACUAUUCUGGUUGUCUGGUGCCCACACUGUACUAGAACACUCGGGGUGCUUAUCAUCUGAAACUCAGCAACAUCUUAUAUUCUUCUAUAAGAAUAAGAAGGACCAGAACCAGGAUGAACAGAUUAUGAAUACAGAUAAUUCUGUGAGAAAAGCUGUUUGUCAAAAUUGGCACUUUGUCUCAAAAGCACCGGAAUCUUCUUAGUGGCAUAGGACUGAAUUAUGGCUCCAAAUGUAAUACUUAACAUUCUAAGGGGGCCACCUGGACUCUUUCCCUUGGUUAUUAUAAAAAUAAUAAGUGGGAAAAAAAAACCCUAUCACUAAGGGUCUGCUAAUUUAAGCCCUUUGCUACAUAUUAUUACAUUUCCUUUCCUGAUGGAAUAUGGGUAACAUGAGGUAAUACAACACUUGUUACUCAUUUUUCAGACUACUAAAAAGCCAGGGUUGGACUUUUUAUAAAUAUUGUUUAUGGCAGUAGCUAUUUACCAGGGACAGGAAAUGUACCAUCACUGGAUGGGUACAUCCUACCCUAUUAUAUUAGAUGCUAGCCCUCCAAUGAGCAGUCAGGUCUUAACGUGUCCAGAAUUUAAAACACAGGGAAGAAUCCAAAGUUCCUUCUGUAGGCAAAACAGUGGCCCCUCAUUUGCAGGGCUAGUUUCAGAAGCAUUCUCCCUCAGAACCCAGUGGCCACAAUGAGUAACAUGAACUUGAUUUCUGGUUCUAAAUUUGUUCUUCUAUAUCUGGAAAUUAAAAAUGUAUCCUAUUCUCACAUACAGAAAUCUUCUUUAAGAUUUGUAAACAAUAUUGUAUUAUAAAUUUAUUAUAUACGUGACUUACAACUCCUAUAGAUGAGUUAUAAGAGGAUUGAUGACAGGCAGAUUCAAACUAUGCAGCCUAUAUAUAGAAAAAAAUAUCCUCUCUGAAAAAGUAAUGUAGCAUUUUGAUACAGAGUAUGUCUUCCCUCCAGAUAAAUACAGUUGAUCCUUGAACAAUGCAUCCCACACAGUCAAAAUUCCAUAUAUAACUUCGGACUCCCCCAAAACUUUACUAAUAGUCUACUGUUAACCAGAAGCCUGACUGAUAACAUAGUAAAUUAACACAUUUUUUGAAUAUUCUGUGUAUCAUAUACUGCAUUCUGUAAGAUAGAGACAAUAUUAAGAAAAUCAUAAGGAAGAGAAUAUACAUUUACAGUACUAUAUCAAAAAAGACCUGCAUGUAAGUGGGUUUGCAUAGUUAAAACCCAUGUUCAAGGGCCAACUGUAAUUGGAAAGAUACUUGAAACAAAUCUUUAAUAAAAACAUAAAUGUAUUUAUUAUGAAUAUACCCAUGAAUAUACCCUCCAAAGGGUACACUUUCUUGUUCAUUAAAAAAUAUUAUAUAGGGGAAUGUGCAUGGCUUAGUCGGUUAAGCGUCUGACUCGUGAUUUUUGGCUCAGGUCAUGAUCUCACAUCUCAUGAGUUUGAGCCUCAUGUUAGGCUGUGUGCUCAUAGUGCACAGGCUGCUUGGGAUUCUCUCCCUCUCUGCCCCUAACCCACUCACAUGUGUGCACAGGCUCGCUCUCUCUCAAAACAUAUAAAUAAACUUUUAAAAAUCAUAGUCAUACACAUAUUCUACAUCAAGAUUCAUUUUAUUUUCUCUUUUUUUUCAUUUUAUUUUCUCUACCAUAUAAACACUUGAGAAUGGCAUUUUAGUAGUUCCCCACCCUUUUCUAAAGACGAGCAUUCAGUAUAUGAAAAUUAGUUUCUUAGUUUUGUCAGUUGAAAUGUGAUUAGAUAGAUAACUCUUAAGCUCCACUCAGUGAUACUUAAGUUCAGAUUUGCUCAUUCAUUGAUUUCAGGGCAUUGGUCAAACACAGAAUGUAAAACCUGGAUCUCAUUACUCAACUUAUUGGCAGAAAGUUUGGGGUAAUCUGAAAUAUUGUCUGGUUUCUUCAGUAAUGACCUGGAAGUUUUUGCUUUGAUUUCACCUUCAUGAAACGUAGGCUCAGAAAACACAGGCUCAGAAAAAGCUUUUCUAAGGUUUUCACUCUCCUUUCUGUUUUGCCUUAUGGAUUCUUCUUCUUGGAAAAUUUUCUUUACCUUCUUCAGCACAGCAUUAACAUAGACUGUCUAAUAAUAAAAAAUUUUUUUGAAAAGUAAAGAUUCUUCUUAAGCUACUGAACUUUCCAGUAAUAAAUCCAAUAAAAUAUAAACCCAAUAAAAACAUAAAGCCAUUAAUAUACUUAAUUCUAAUACAGAAGCACUUCCUUUUCAGGCACAUGAUAAACAUCAGGAGAUUGCUUCCUUGUUCUAAAUAUGUUACAUCAUAAGCUAGAAAGAAAAUUAAAGCCUGGUAUGCUUCAAUAAAGACAUGCUUUCCCUUUCUUUCCUCCCUAAUUCAUUAGAUGUCUUACAUCUUUACUCUCUGAUUUAAUUAAACUCCUUUAUUCUCCUGAAUUUAAUGAAACAUUUUCUGGGAGAUGAAAUUUGUCACCAAAUAUGUUAAUAUCUCAAAGUAGGUUUUUGUUUUUACUUCCCCGCCCUCAACUUUCUUAUACCUAUGUGUACAAUUCGAAGGGUAUUAACAUUUUGGUAAGAAUUUAUUAACCCAGUAGAUGAAUGACUUCUUGGCAAACACAUGAUCCACUUUCCCUCAAAAAAAAAAAAA